AUGCCAAUCCAAGACUUGCCUGCUGCUGAUCUUGUUCAACGGUUCGACGAUGAUCCAACCAACGAUGAGCUAGCAGAAGAAAUGAACCGUCGCUUCACCGACCCAAACUUGAAGCAAGGCCUACUUGAGGAGAUAAAAUCUUUGAAAGACUCUAUUGAAGGUGUCCCACCACCAUCGAAACAAAUUCCUAGGCCUAAGCCUCCUGCAUCUUGGGUCAAUUGCAUCGGAGAGCAAAAGUGUACUCCAAAGUCCCUCCGCAAGGCAAACAACAUCUCAGAUUUAAUUAAGGCCGUUCAUGAUGGUGCGGAGCAAAAACUCAACGUUCGCAUUGUUGGAUCAGGGCAUUCGUUCUCUAAUAUUUGUCCCACUGAUGGGAUCUUGCUUGAUCCACAUGGCAUGAAUCAGUUCUUGAAGCUCAACAGUUCUUCUUUGAAGAAGCCUUCUGACGCUGCAAACUACGCUUUUGUCGAGAGCGGAAUUACUAUCAAAGAUCUCAACACCCAGCUUGACAAGGAGGGAAAGGCUCUUGCAACUAUGGGUGCUUAUGAUGGUCAAACCCUUGCAGGUGCCAUCUCCACCGGCACACACGGGAGUGGUAAAGACUCAGGCAACCUCGCCAGUCUUGUCCGAGCAAUCAUCCUGGUCUCAGAGUCCGGAUUAGUCUACCAGAUCGAACCGAAAGACGGAAUCACUGAUCCAGCCAAGUUUGUUCCCGAAUACGCUGAGACACUUAAGCAGGAUGAUGAUUGGUUUCAAGCUGCCCUUGUUGCAAUGGGCUGUCUGGGGCUUAUUCAUUCGUACAUUAUCGAAGUAGUCGACACCUUCUACUUGAGCGAGGUUCGUGCGUUGACAACCUGGCAAAGAUUCAAAUCUGAACUUGCCGACGGUCUGAAUUCAGAGCCUUUGCAAGAGCACUACUUCGAGCUUGACUUGAACCCAUACCCUGCUGGGUUGAACUUUGCAGUGACCGUCACUCGAAAAAUUUCGGGUGUUAAACAGCGCAGUGGCAGUCGUGGUAUUGAGAAUUGGCUAGCAGGUCUAUUGGCCCAACAUCCUUUGGUUGAGAAGAUUCUUGCGUGGACAUUGAAUCGAUGGCCGAAGUUGAGUCCUGGCAAUAUCACAACUGCAUUGAAGACCCUGAGAGUCGACCACUAUGUCGACAAGAGCUUCAAGGUUCUCGAUAUCGGUGCUGUCGAUGACAUCAAGGCUUAUGCUAUGGAGCUGUCUUUCGAUGCCAAUCGCGACAUUGUCAAAAUCAUAGACCGUAUCCUGGCUCUGUUCCAGAAAGCUGCUCGAGACAAACUAUGGUACAUCGCGGGUCCCGUCGCCUUCAGAUUUGUUCAAAACUCGAUCGCUUUCCUAGCACCGCAACAGGGUCGAACGACCAUGAUGGUAGAGAUGGAUAUGAUUUUCGGGAUCAAGACUGGAAAUGACUUGCUCAAAUACAUGAGGCAGGAGUUAUGCUCUGGAGAAGACGGAAAGGGCGUCAGAGUCCAUUGGGGUCUUGAUCUUGAUACUGUUAAGAAGGGUGACGUGGCUGAAAUGUAUCCGGACACCUAUGAGAAGUGGUUGGCUGUUUAUCAGAAUUUGAACUCGACUGGGAUCUCGCCCAGCGACGUCCAGAAGGUUAUAAUUCCGACCAACAAGUCAGCCGGUAUUGCCGCCUGCGGUCGUCGUGACUCAGCCUGUGGAACUGAGGGCUCGUUCGACCUCUAUGAAGGCGAUACAAAGAUUUGUAACAUCUAUGAGGAGUGCGCUUGGGGGAUGAGUAGAGCUAACAAUUUCAAUAUCGGAUCUAUCAAUGACAGCUACAAGGUCGAGGCCGAUGAUGUAUUCUUAAGAGGUGGUGCAAUCGGGAAAUUUACCGUUAACGUCGCUAAUAAAGUCUAA